GUGGGCUGCGGCCCUGCCCCAAUUCCCUGCCCCCGAACCGGGCAGCACCCCUGGUCUGCGGGCACUCCUUUCCUCCUCCAAGCCGGCACCCCACCUUCUUCACCCGCAAUCCGUUCCUGGGGACGGCCAGAGGAAAGGCCCAUCGCCCCAUUUUUUGUCGUUGUUCUAUUCUCAUUUAUUUUUUUUGGUGGGUGUGCGUGUGCAGGGAGUUUUAUCGGUUUUAAUUGAAUGCAUGGGGCCGGGUAUGCCUUGAACUGGCGGUGUGUCCCCCUCCUUUGUGAUUUGGGGGCGGGGAGACCACCGAGGCCCCCUCCCUCCCCUCUCCCAGAAGAGAAGGGACGGCGCCCAUCGCAGCCCGGCCCCGAUCGGGCCAUGCCCUCCGUUUGAGGAGGAGGAAGGAGGCGAGGACCGUGUCGGGGUCUCCCGUGUGCCUCGUUCCUGCUCGGGGAGGGGAGAAGACUGGGGGCUGCCCGGGGGGGGAGGACUCCCCCCCCCCCGCCUUGCCCUCCACCGUCCCGGGAUCCGUCUUGGCGGCCUCUCCCGCCCUUCCCACCGAGGUGUCGCAGCCUUGCAGCCCGGCGUUGGGAAUAUGCUCUUGAAGGAGUACCGGAUUUGCAUGCCUCUGACCGUGGAAGAGUACAGGAUAGGACAGCUGUACAUGAUCAGCAAACACAGCCAUGAGCAGAGCGACCGCGGCGAAGGGGUGGAGGUCGUCCAGAACGAGCCCUUUGAAGACCCGAACCAUGGCAACGGCCAGUUCACGGAGAAGCGGGUGUAUCUCAACAGCAAAUUACCUAGCUGGGCAAGAGCUGUUGUCCCGAAAAUAUUUUAUGUCACGGAGAAGGCCUGGAACUACUAUCCAUAUACGAUCACAGAAUACACAUGCUCGUUUCUCCCGAAAUUCUCCAUACACAUAGAGACCAAGUAUGAGGACAACAAAGGAAGCAACGAUAGCAUUUUUGACAGUGAAGCCAAAGACCUGGAAAGAGAAGUUUGCUUUAUUGACAUCGCUAGCGACGAGAUUCCCGAGCGUUACUACAAAGAAUCUGAGGAUCCCAAGCACUUCAAAUCUGAGAAGACGGGGAGAGGACAGUUAAGGGAAGGCUGGAGAGACAAUCAUCAGCCCAUCAUGUGUUCCUACAAACUGGUGACCGUGAAAUUUGAAGUCUGGGGACUUCAAACGAGAGUAGAACAAUUUGUGCACAAGGUAGUCCGAGACAUUCUGCUCAUUGGGCACCGGCAAGCUUUUGCGUGGGUGGAUGAAUGGUAUGACAUGACGAUGGACGAAGUUCGGGAGUUUGAACGAGCAACUCAGGAAGCCACCAACAAGAAAAUCGGAGUUUUCCCGCCUGCAAUUUCUAUCUCUAGCAUCUCCCUGCUGCCUUCUUCAAUCCGCAGUGCCCCUUCCAGCGCCCCGUCAACACCUCUCUCCACGGACGCCCCGGAAUUCCUGACGGUCCCCAAAGAUCGGCCCCGGAAAAAGUCUGCCCCAGAAACUCUCACUCUCCCAGACCCCGGGAAAAGAUCUACCCUGAAUUUACCCAGCGUGUGUUCUUCGGACAAGCAUUGCCGGCCCAAACAGGAGUGAUGCCAUUCCACGAAUCCCUGAGCAACUUGGUUCGUUCUCUGUCGGGGUUUUCAUUUCUGUUUCUUAGAAUUUUUCUGAUCUAGGAAAGGACUGCCACGUUACUCAGACUCUUUCCUUCAGAUCUCUAAAUGGGUGUGUGCACGUGAGACAGUGUUUUCGUACGUAAUCUGAUUUCCAAAAUAAGCCAUGCGGCACAACUUGUUACAUGUAAGCAAACCGUCUUGAGACUGGAUUGUGCAAGACCAACUGAAUCUUCCCUGUAGAAGUAGUAAUAAACCAUGAUGUAAAUCUAACUGCUGGCAUUUAGUGAACUUAGCAGCGACUUCAGGGGUGAAGACGACCCUGGACCUUUUUGAUGCCAGACUAUGUCAAGUGGGCAGAAGCCCCUUUUUUCUCCCACUGAACUCGAACUUCUUAUUAAAAAAAAGUUUCGUUCUCUCAGGUUUAACGUACCUAACAGUAAACCUUUGAACUGCUAACACCGAUAAACUUGAACACCAACAGCAGUUAUUCCGAUUCGUAUUUUCAUUAUUCUGACUCAGGAUUUGGGGCCUAAUUAACUCUUUAAAUUUUUACGAAAAGAAAGUAUCGGUGGACCGAGGCUCCAAGUGCAAUUACGAUACCUGAUUUUAAGGCCAUCGAUAUCCUAUUUAUAUCUUGAAAAUCAUUUAUAAAAGGAUUCUACCCAUUUCUAUAUGUCAAUAGCUUCCCUCCACUCUCCUCCGUGGCCUCCCCUGUUACACGAACAAGCGGCAGCCACAGCUGGGGAUUCAUUUAAGGAACAGGAGGCCUGUCUGUGCCACACCUUUUCUUCCUGUAAGAUUUCGUAGAUUUGCCCAUUGAAGACCUCAAUACCCUUAAUUAAUUAGUGAUUGGGUGUCACUGAUUAACAUGCCGGGACGGGUUUAGCAGAAGUGAAAUACCGAUGGGGGCGGGGAAUGAGCAUUGGGAGGGAAUUGUGAAAAGAAUUCCAGCCCCUCUGCCCUUUUGACUUUCGGUAAGAGCUACACUUCCUCUGCCAGCCCAGUUGUCUCAGCACUCUGGAGGGCCCAGCCAUGAAACCGGAUGAAGGGAAGAAAUUUGUCUCCCUCCCUGACCCCCGGGGAGAGAAAAGGGAAGGAAUACCAUCCUUGUUCAAACAUUAAAGACUAGACAGUCCUUAAGCCCUCCAGACUGUCAGCUCUGCAUCUGUCUGUUUUAUGGUACUUGUCAAGUGCUUACUACGGGUCAAACAAUGUUCUAAGCGCUGGGGUAGGCACAGGUCAAUUCGGUCGGACACAAGGAAUGCCUACCGACUCUGGUAUUUUCUACUCUCCCAAGUGCUUAGUUCAGUGCUCUGCACACAGUAAACAGUAAAUACGAGAGCUCGAUCGAUUGGUCGGCUGUUUGACGGAAAAGAAAUGGGACGGACAAACCUCUGACUAGUUUUCCCUCAAUCUGAAAAUGAAGAUGAAACGGGACAUCCUAAAGGCAGAGGUUGAAGGAAGAGAAGCUUUGCUGAGCAGAGAGGGGGAACAGAGAGCAUUUCAAAGGCCCUUCUUGAAUUACAGGAGGAGGAGGAGGAGGAGAUGGUGGGAUCUCGGAGUUUAUCUUUAACUUUUGUAAAGAAAGAAAAUGGAAGGAGAUCGGGCCAAAGUUGACUGUUUUCAUCAACCGAUCAAUCAACGGUGUUUAUUGAGUGCUCACGGCAUGCAGAAGACUGUCCCGCACUUGGGAGAGUACUGUAGAGCAAGUAGACACCAUCCCUGCCCUCGAGGGGAUUACAGUCCAGCAGAUGUUCAGUCCCUCUACUUAAUACAGCACCCAGCGCUUAGUACAAUGCCUGGCACAUAGUAAGCACUUGACAAAUACCAUAGUGAUUAUUGUUAUUAAUUAUCUUCAGCCUCAAGAUAGAGACUUGCCCUCCCGGGAAUGCCAAGAGGAGAGAGAAGAAGGCCGUAGAGAGUGGCCUCCUCAGAAUUUUAACCCCGUUCAGUUGUAAGCCCGGAUGCGUCUCACUCACUGCCUGCCCGUUUCCCCUCGACUGUGCUACAUCUAGUCUCCUAACAUGCUGGGGGUCCUCGGGAGAUAGAAGCCGGCCUCCCAGCCCUUCCAGAGGGCCGCUCUCAAGCAGAUCAGAAACUCAGAGGGAGCGAUGGGCGAAGUGUCGAUCCAGAUCUCAGGGAGUAAAACCUUUACAGAACAACAGCUAGUAAGUAGGUCCCUGUUUCUUCCUGACUGUGGAAGUAUUCACUCGUGGAAAGCUUUAACUUGGAGGCCCCUUGGAUUUCUGAAAGGCUCACACGGCGGGGUCUGGGACGUGGGUCAGGUUGGGACUGGGGUAGUUGGAGGCACAGAAAAAAACACUGUCAGACGGCACUGAAACGUGUAUAUUUGUUUGCAAGCUGAAACCAGGGUUGUGGGGGCGGGUGGGGGGUCGUUAAUUCCUUGUAGACCAAUCUGUGGGCUGUGGGUUUAUGUCACGCAUCUUGUCCUCAUAUGGAUACUUGUACUUUCCACUCUCAGCAACCCCCACCUAACCUGACUCCCGAUUGUAAAGUAGCUUUUGCCGUCCAGUUCACCAAUUCUGUGUGCUUUAAGAUGCUAAGGGUGAUUUCUUUUUGAGCUACUUAUCGUUUUUGUAGCCACUAUAAUUCCCUAGGUAUCAAAGGCAAAACCACUCGGCGAUAGUUUAGUCCUUUGGCCAACAAAUUUUGUGUUCUGAAAUGGUUUUCAUUACCGUGUUUCUGUGUGUAGGGGCGUGAUGGGUGCAGAUUGAAGAGAAAAAGAAAUGCAGAUAUUCUUUUAGCGGCUUUGAAUGUAUAAUCGAGAUAUUUAGCAAAAGUGACAUAAACAGCUUCAGUAUUUUAUUUACCCUUGUCUUCAAGUACGGGAUAUCAUUGCCCACGCUCUGUACAUGAAUUUCUCAUUGUGUGAUAUAGGACUGUGGGUGAGGCAUGUAUAUAAAAUGUGUCUGUAGCUCAAGAAGGUGCAAAUGAAAUUGUUGCAUGGCAGAAUCUUAGAAAGAAAGAAAACAAUAGCAGUGGCUUGCAUUAACCAAGCAUGUCGUGGGGGACAUAUAAUUUUUUAAGCCAGUGCCUCUGUAUGCAAUGCAGUAAACUUCAGCUCGGCUCACCAAAACUGUAUCAUAUAUGUAAAUAUAUAUUUAUACAUUAUAUAUAUAUUUCAUAUAUAUAUAUAUAAUGUGCUGUGAGAAACCACCAGUUUGAAGUCACUGCUACCUGAAUUAAAAUAACACUAUUUACAGUAAUCAUUAGUGUUUGCCCCAUCUUCAUCUUCGAUACUGGUGGAAACCCUGCAAAUUCUGUUCAGUUUCACUCUUUUUGGUGGCUUCACAACGAAGUAUGCCUCCAUGCUUUCUGUUGGCUGUAAGUACCUUGCAUCCCUGCUUUUCCUCUGUUUUCCAGUUGAAAGAAGACCUUAAUGUUUCCGCAGCAGCGUGCUCCGUGGAAAAAAAUACAAAACCAAAUGUCAUUUCAUUUUCUUUUAUUUUGUCUGUGACGAGAGAGCUAUUCUUUACCUAUGUCUUGAGGAAAGAAAAGAAACUAAAGGCACGGUGGCCUGUAAUGACGUUUCUGCCACCACUCUAUCGUGGCCACCGGAUGGUUUUAUUAUCAUCAAUCGUAUUUACUGAGCGCUUACUAUGUGCAGAGCACCGUACUAAGCGCUUGGGAAGUACAAAUUGGCAACAUUUUAUUUGUAAAUUAAUCUAAAUUUCUCCAGUUGGGGUUUGCAUCUCUUUGUGGGGAAAGAGUCGUGGAAUAGACUUAACUGGGAUAGUCUACCUUUUUUAUGGAAACUUAGCUCUUUACUAAGGAGGCACUUUUUUUGUUUAAGUUUAGCCCUGAACGUUAAAGCACCACAAAAUGCCAAAAGGAUUUCCCCAGCUUCCUCCCAAGGUGCUGCAGUAAUUGGGUAGUGAACAAUUGGGAUGGACUGAGACCCUCCCGGAGGUAGAGUUAUACAUAUUUUUUUUUUCCCACCUGAAAAAGUUACAGUGUUCGACGGCUCUUUUCCCAUGCUUUGCACACCUUUUUCUUUAGAACCUCCUCAAGCCUCACGGCCAACAAGGUGGUGGGCUUGAGUGGGCAUGUGACCGCAGUGAGACUGACAGAGAGAUCUAUCGGAAAACUCAGUGAAUCAGGUUACUCAGUUUCCAAGGCUUAACCUUGUGCUAUUCAUUUUCAUUGGAGUCCAGAUUGGGUGAAGGAGAGGUGGUGGACCUUUGAAAUUAACAAAAAAACAAAAAAAAAAACCUGUCCAGGGACGGAGGUUUAAACAGAACACUCCACAAAAGUUGACAAGGAAACCUUAGCCCCAACCCAAGUCCCGUGCUGAAGUAAACUCACCUCGCCAGCUCAGUGUGACGAUGUUUCAAGUUCCUCUGUGCUUCGUCCCUCAAGUGACAUGUUCCCAUUUUAAAAUACACAGGUCGUCUACUCUUUUUAGGGAAUAUAGUAAGUGCAAUAAGAAAGGGAAAGUGAACAUAUCCAAAAAAGACUUUCUCGGAUGGCAUUAUUAAACCAGGAUUUUGUUGUCUAGGUUCAACGCUUGAGGCUCAACUAACGCACAUGUUUUGCUUUCAGCUGAGAGUAUGUUCGUUGAAUUGUCAGUCUCUUUUAGGCUUUGUGUACCCCUGAAAACAGGUUGAUUUUUAUAUAUACCUGUGCCAGUUCCAUGUAACUCCAAGAGUCAUGUAAUUUUGCGUGUUUACUUUUUGGGUUUGGAUUUCUGAUUGGUUCCAUCAGUCACUGCCACUCUGCUGUUGCCCAGGGGCCGAGUUUUCAAAUUGCCCCGGAGUUCCCUAAUGCAAAGCAAGCAGAUCCGAUCUUGUUCACACGCGCCAUCCUUCCCGAUCCCUUCGUGGCUGUUUUGUGGUUUUUUUCCAGUUAUUUAUUAUUGUGAAUAACUCACUUUUUCUUACAUUCAGUUGUAAAUAAACUACCGAGCUGUCUUUGCAA